AUGGCCCGGAUGCACACUCUUUGGAGUGAUAUGCAUCCGGAGCUAGAGCAUUUUACGCCUAAACACCUGCGUAAUUAUGCCGCUUAUCUUCGGCGUAAUAGAAGAUCGCUUGUGCCGGAUAGAAGGCAGUCUAAUAGACUUUCCUUUCCGGCGCAAUUACACCAAGAGCGACGCCGUUCCUCCUUGGAUGACAACAAUCCCUUUAUAGGACGGCAAGUAAGUAUAUCUAAAAAGAUAACUUACUCCCAACAACAGCUAGAAGCGGUAAAUGAAGAUCUCCGUGCAAACAUCCUGGAGGAUUUCACCCUGCUCACUGUGAGCCAGGUUGUGUAUGGUGCAGCAGUUUCAGCUUUUCCGAGAGAGAGACAUUGUCUCUCGAUCGAGGCAAGAAAAUUUUUUGACGAAGAUCGUUGGAAAUUUCCUGACUUAGAUGACACUUCAAUGUUAUGUGUGCGUUGUCGAUUCCGUGUCAAAGAAUAUAUUCCGCCGGCAUCAGAGGAAGAGGAAAUUAUUUCAAGUCAAAUUAGUGUUGAAAGUCUGAGUAUAUCAGCUGAAAUUUGUACUCAAGGAAGCAGUUUAUCUCGAACUGUCAGUAAUUUUAGCGACAAUCUAUGUGAUUACAAUGAUCAUUCUUUAGAGCGAUUUUUGAAAAUUCCUCUUAUUGAAAAAGACAGGUUAUAUUCUGAAAAAAAUUAUGGAGUAAAAAAACUUGAUGAGAGCUAUGCUGCCCUAGAGAAUAAGUUCCAAUCACAAUUUGGAAUAGUACCUGAAUCUACCUACAGAAAGAUUAAUCAAGAUCAUUGUUCCAUGAAAGCUAAAGUGAAGAAAUUAUAUAACGCUGAAAGUGACGAGUAA